GGUCAGUCACAAAAUAGGAUAAACAUUAUAACUAAGGAUUGCUUCCCUAAACCAAUGGUUUUCAAAUAAACCCUUUUAUAUUUCUAGCAAGGUCAACUCGACUAGUCUGGAAUCUAUGAAAAGAAAGUGUUAAAUGAAGGAGAAAUCUAUAAGGAUAACUUAUCAGCAAAACAGAAGUCUGAGUACUUCAAAGAAAUCUAUUAAAUUGAGUCCUAAAUAAGAAUAACUUCUUGAUAAGGUCUCAUAUUCAUCAGUCUAAUGAUAAUAUUGAGAAUAUUAGAAGAGUUGUACUUAAGAAGAUUGACCAGCUGCACAUGGCUAAAAUAAAUGAUGCCUUCAUGUCCAAGAGACUCCGCAAGAAUUAUAAAAUCUCACUGCCUAGAUCCAUUGAUAAAAUCCUCACACCAGAAAAAGUAAUUGGAUUGUCAAAGGGGACUAGCAAGAGAAGAUGACAAACCAGGAAAUUAGCGUAUGAGUGAUUCUUUACCUAAAUUUUCCUUAAAAUUCUCAUAAUCUCUAAUAACUUCUUGCAUGAUAUGAACAACUCUCAAUCUUUCUCUACAAUAGAGUAGCAGAUGUAAAGCUGUUUAUUAUACAUUACAGAAAUACUUAGUGCAAUGGUCUAGCCUCAUAUUUACCUCUCCUUUAGAUAUGAUACGAGGCAGAAGAUUCAGAUCCUCA